ACGUCGCGCCCCCAGUGUGAGAGGCAGGAACGCAGGCCACUGCAGGGGUGAGGAGGCCGAGGCCCGCGGAGGGCUCCGGCCGGGUCCCCACGCCCCGCGGCCGAGCGGCUCCGCCCACAGGGGCCAGGCAGGGGGCAGGGCAGGGCUGCAGGGCCACUCAGGAGGCGUCCAGCGAGCCGCGAGGACCAUGGAGCCGGUGUCCCUGCAGGACUUCGUUUGCGCCCUGGACCCCGCCUCCCUCCCGCGUGUGCUGCGAGUCUGCUCGGGGGUCUACUUCCAGGGCUCCAUCUACGAGAUCUCUGGGAAUGAGUGCUGCCUCUCCACAGGGGACCUGAUCAAGGUCACCCAGGUUUGCCUCCAGAGGGUGGUCUGCGAGAACCCAGGAACCGGCCAGACCAUUGAAAUCGCCCCCACCUUCCGUGGCCACUUCAGCCCCCUCACCGGCCCCCAGAGCUACGGAACCCUGAACGAGCUGCUGUCUGCUGCAACCCAGCACUCCAAGAAGCUGCCCAUUUGCUUCAUGUCGACCCACAGAAUCACCACAGAGGCCAGGGUGGUGCCUGAGGACCAGCCCCUCCUGCUUGAGGCUGUGGAAAUAUACCACGGGGCCAACUGCGCCCGCUGUGUGCUAGACACUGAAGCCCAGCAGUUCGUUCUGCACCUGCCCCUGUCCCAGAAGGGGCCCUUCUGGGAAUGGGAGCCCGGUGCCCCUCGGCCCCUGCUCCAGGCUCUGCAGGACGCAGCCCUGAAGGACCUCCUCUUCACCUGCCCCACCCUCCCCUGGCACUCCCUGAUCCUGAGGCCCCAGUAUGAGGUCCAAGCCAUCAUGCACAUGCGCAGAACCACUGUCAAGAUCCCCUCCACCCUGGAGGUCGACGUGGAAGACGUCACGGCCUCCUCUCAACACAUCCACUUCAUCCAACCACUGCUGCUGAGUGAGGCCCUGGCCCAGGGGGGGCCCUUCCCUCUGACCACAGAGAUCCUGGAAGUUCCAGAGGGGCCCCCUAUCUUCCUCAGCCCGUGGGUAGCGUCCCUACAGAAAGGCCAGAGGCUCUGCAUCCAUGGCCUGGCCUCACCGCCCUGGCGGGUCCUGGUCUCGACUAAGGGCCGGAAGGCGCCCAGACACUUCAUGGUCUCUGGGGCUUACCAGGGCAAGCUGCGGCGGCGGCCAAGAGAGUUCCUCACGGCCUAUGACCUCCUGAGCGCUCUCCGGCCAGGCCAGCCGCUCAGGGUAGUGGCCACAAAGGACUAUGAGGGCGAUGGGGUAGAGAGCCCUGGGUUCACUUCCCUGGCUGUGGGUGACAGGCUGGAGGUAUUGAGGUCUGGCCAGGCCCACGGCGCUGAAGGCAGAGACAUAGAUGUCUUGGUGUGUCAACGGCUGAGCGACCAGGCUGGGGAGGAGGAGGAAGACUACGAACAGGUAGAUGAAGACCAGAUUCUGCUGCCCCUCUACUGCUCCAGUAGCUUCGUGGAGGAGAUGAAUGACGGCCGGCGCUACAGCCUGGAAGAUCUGACUACCCAGUUUUCACUGCCCUGUGAAGUCAAGGUGGUAGUCAAGGACAGCAGCCACCCUGCUGACCCUCUGCCCUCCUUCCCGGGCCUGCGGCUGGAGGAGAAAAUCAUGGAACCCUUCUUGGUGGUCAGCCUUGACUCCAACCCUGCGAUGUGCUUUGAGAUCCCUCCCCGGUGGCUGGACCUGACUGUUGUGGAGGCUAAGGGCCGGCCGGGCCGGCCAGCCAGGCCUCUUCCUAUAGCCACAGUGCAGGAGCUGGCAGAUGCCUUCUACUAUAGCCUUCGGAGGUUACCAGCCUUUGAGAGCCAACUCCCACCACCAAGACCCCCCAAAAGUGAGGGCCUCCGCGGGCAGAAGAAACAAACCAGCAAGGGAAAAGGCAGCCAGUCUUCUCAAGUCUUAGAACUGCAGCAAUGCCCCCGGCUCCUCAAACCCAGGAUGAAGACACUGCCACAGAGUGCCAAGAACAGCUCAGAUACAUACAGCAAGGUUUCUGCCCACAAGAAGGGCCUCAGGGCCACUAAGUCCAACACGAAGGCUCCAGAUGAUGACGAACAUGAUUAUGAAGAAGUACUUGAACAAUUUUGGAAUACCCUGUAGAUGCCGGAGGAGCCCUGCUUCUUAACUGCUGCUUCUCAGGGAAUCUGAGAUACCAGCCAACCAUUACAAGACGGUGGACGGGAUCUCACUGAAAUCAGACUACGGACGGCAAAGGACUCUGGGGGCCUGAUCUGUAAAGGGAUGGACAUUGUACCAGCUUCCGUCCGGUUCUAGGCUCCUGGCACCUUGCACUCCCUCAGCCUCAGAGUUUUGGUACCCAGAGGAGCCAACUGGGUUCUACUCAAUCCUGAGUCCCCAGCACCAGUCGUCUCACUGGUUGGUGCAGAAAGUAAUCAGAGAACACCAAACUGGGCGGCGGUGGCACAGUGUUUCCUGCCUCUUGGUAAAGGGGACUCAAUCCUGACCACACCGCACCAAGAGCCUUUUGUUAUGUUUGCCACCCCCUCGUUGUUGGCCCACUCCUUCUCCUCUUCCCCCACCCAACUCUAAGCCCCCGAGAGACCAGGACCCUCUCAUCUCUGCAGUACACAGCACAUGAGAGCUGCAGGGGACUAUCCAAGAUUUUUUUCACUCGAAAACCAUUGAAUAAAAAUGACAUCUGGGCUUCUGGAAAAA